GUGGGUAAAAUGGGCGGAGGAAGACGGCCGCAUGAAGGAUGAAGAAUGUGUGUGGGAUUGCCUCCGCAGCCCAAACCGCGUAACGCGGUGAUGCCGUGGCCUCGACCGCCGCUGCUGCUGCUGCUGCUGCUCUCGCCGGCCCGAUCCGAUUGUUGCGCGUGUUCGCGGCGGAUAUUUCAAGUUUAAAAAAAAAAAAUGAACAAACAAAACACGUGAACGAAUAAACCCGCAGGCGCGCACGCGAAGGGAUAGGAGUACUGUACAUUUGGUGGGGUUGUUUUUUUUUGUCCCCAUUGGGCACAAAAAUAGAAACGGAGCAGUUACAGCGCAGGGCUGCGUCAAGGGAUCGUGCGCUCGCCUGGCAGGAGCCAACGUGUUACCAAAACGCAUGCGGCGAAGAAGAUGAACAGCCAUAAUAAUAUAUUAAUAAUAAUAAUGAUACAUUAACAACGAUAUAAGCAAACGGCUCUGUGAACAGAGCCAUGCAGACGCCGGUGGCCGUGCCGGGGAUUUGAAACCGAAAUCAUUGUUUGUGUGUGUGUGUGGUUUUGGUGGUUGUUGUCGGGGAACGGAAAUCAAAAAGAAGAGGGUACUGCUGGAAAAUGGCAGCUGUCCUCUCGACGGAGCGUCAGGAGAUCCCACUGACAGAGAUGACGGAAGGGCGUCGGUGCCAGAUUAAUCUCCUGGACGACCGGAAGCUGGAGCUCCUGGUCCAGCCCAAGCUGCUGGGGAAGGAGCUGUUGGAUCUCGUGGCAUCCCAUGUAAGCCUGAAGGAGAAGGAGUACUUUGGGCUCGCCUACACGGAUGAAAUAGGGCAUUGGAACUGGCUUCAUCUCGAACGCAGAGUCUUGGACCACGAAUUCUGCCGAACGUCGGGGCCUGUCGUACUCUUCUUCUCCGUCCGGUUCUACAUAGAGAGCAUUGCCUUCCUGAAGGACAGCGCUACCAUCCGCCAGUUCUUCCUCAACGCCAAGGCUUGCGUUGCUUCGGGAAACACAGAGGUGGACAGCGACACGACGUUCGAACUCGCCGCUUAUGUCCUCCAGGAAGCAAAGGGCGACUUCUCAAGCGUCGAAGCGGCCCAGAGGGAUCUGAAGAAGCUGCCGGCGAUUCCAACGCAGGCUCUGAAGGAGCAUCCCUCCCUCUGCUACUGCGAGGAGCGGGUGAUUGAGAAUUACCAGCGCCUUGUGGGCCUCACCCAUGGACAAGCCAUCGUCAAUUAUAUGAGCAUUAUUGAAGCUCUUCCAACCUACGGAAUUCACUACUACAAUGUAAAAGACAAGCAGGGAAUCCCAUGGUGGCUCGGUCUGAGCUGGAAGGGCAUCUUUCAAUACGACUACCAAGACAGAGUUCAGCCAAGAAAGGUUUUCCACUGGGCGCAGCUAGAAAACCUCUUCUUCCGCGAGAAGAAGUUCUCCGUAGAAGUGCACGACCCUCGCCGGGCGUCGGUGAGCCGCCGUUCGUUCGGGCAGGGUGACAUCGUUGUGCACUCCUGGUACGGCUCCCCGUCGCUCAUCAAGGCCGUGUGGGCUAUGGCCAUAAGCCAGCAUCAGUUCUACCUCGACCGCAAGCAGAACAAGGCGAAAAUCCCGGCGGCGCGCAGCAUGAGCGAGAUUGCGGAGGACAUGGGCGACCUGGAGCUGACGGGGACGUCGAGGAUGAGCAAGGGACUCGGCGAGGGAGGCGUGGGCAGAGGCUCGUCUGAUGUCGCAGAGAAACUGCCUAAAGUGUCCCUGGAGUGGGAGGUGAGCGAAGCGGCGCGGAAGGAUCUCCUGGAAGCCUUGAAGCUAAAACACCAGGAGCUGGCUCGUCGCCUGGAGGAACGCACGAGCGAGCUCAAGCACCUGUGCUUGCGGGAGGCUGAGCUGACGGGCACCCUGCCCGUGGAGUACCCCAAGGGGCCCGGGGAGAAGCUUCCUGCGGUGCGACGGCGCGUGGGCACCACGUUCAAGCUGGACGAGAGCAAGGUGUUCCCCAAGGUGGAGCAGGAGGAGGACGUGGAGCGGCUGGAGCGAGAGUUCGCCAUCCAGCAGAAGAUCGUGGAGGCCGCGCACAAGCUCGCGCGGGACCCCAACAUCACGAAGAAAGUUCGCAAGAAACGGAAGGCAGCCUACACGCAGGACGCGCGUCGCCUUCAGGCCAUCGAAGACGCCAUCAACGAGCUGCGGCUGCGUGUUGGCAAGAAGCCGACGGAGCGCACAUCAGUCAUCAUCACAGACGACAGCAUCCUGAUGGACGACGGGUCGCAAUCGGACGGAGUGAUUUUGGACGACGACGAGCCGGUGGGAACGCUGUUCUCCUCCACGCACUCGACGCCGCAGAAGCACCCGGCCACGUUCACGCCCGUGCUGCCCCGGCGGUCGGAGAGGACCUUGCGGCAUCCACCCAGCCUGCGCGGAUCCCAGCGCUACCUGGAGACGGGGACCACCGGCGCCCAGUCCCCCUCCUCCACCUCCACCUGCUCACCGCAAUACAGCCCGCAGAUCCGGUCGUUGGAGUCCACGCCGGCGCGCGCGGCGCUCCCCUCCCCGCGGCAGCCGCUGCAGCGGAGCAGCAGCCUCGAGUCGGUGUCCUCCCGUUCGGCCGCCGCCACCGCCGCGGCAGCCGCGGCAGCCGUGGCAGCCGCGGCAGCCCGCACUCCCGGCACGUCGCGCCGGGUGGCGGCGCCGCCGCCGUCGGCCGCCGCCGCGCGCCUCGCGUCCUCCGCCCAGCUCGCCGGCGUCGGCGGCCUCCAGAGCAGCAGCAGCUCGGAGCACGUCGACGACGGCUCGUCGUCCUACACCAGCCAGUCGAGCGCCGAGCUGCCCGGCGCGCCGCCGCGCCGCCACGAGGGCCGCGACGGCGGCGGCGGCGGCGGCGGCGGGAUCCUGGGAGGAGCCGGCGGUGCCGCGGGUAGCAUGCCCAACCUGGCGUCGGCGAACAACAACAACAACGGAGUUCACCGACGUCACCAGCUCUCGCACCUGCCCGAGCCGGGGUCUGCGAGUGGCGCCCCCAUGCGAGCGCUGACGCCGUCUCGCUGCCGGGGCUACGACGCGCUGAGCGAGGGCCGCUACAACGUCCACGCCUUCCGCAACCUCCACCACCAGCUGGACGGCGCGCCCCCACGCGACCCCGAUCCGCAGCGAGGCAUGGAGUCGCUGGGCUGUUACCGUGGCAACUACGACGCGGCGGCUGACCUGGCGACGAUGGGGGGAGGGGGGCGGCACUUCGUGUCGUUCUUCUCGCCCGUCACCACGCUCGCCAUGACACAGCGGUCACUUUCGCCGGCGCCCGGCUCUCCGUACCUGCUACAUUCCCAGCAUCCACAUCAUCAUCAGCAGCAGCAGCAGCAGCAUCAGCAGCAGCCACUACAGCAGCAUCAUCAGCGACGACACAUACUGCAGCAUCAGCAGUACUCGCUGCCAAUGGACCGCCGCGAACCGCACCGCCAGUAUGUCUCCUCGGAGCUGCACAGGUGGUACGUCAAGAAGCGCGGCGUCGACUUCCCCGCGUUCAGCGACGGCGCGGAGCGCGUGUUCGCGACCUCGAGCAACGAUCAGCUGUACGUCGAACGCGCCGCCUGCUGCUCGUCCUCCUGCUCCUCCUCGUCGUCGCCCGCCCCCGCCGGUGCCGCCGCCCCCGCCGGCUGCCCCUCCCCGCAGCCGCGGCAGCCCCGCAUCACGUCCGCGCCGCCGUACGGCUCUCCCGUCCACUACGGCGCCACCUACGACACCGCGCCGCGGCACGGCCGAACAUCGGGCGGCUGGGCCGGACGCGCGCCGUGCCCCGUCUCCGCCGCAACCUUACCGCUCAUCCCCAAGCGAGGCCCCGCGCCCGGCUCCUCGAUGGGGCCGUCCCACCACUCCCCGCCGGGCCACCACCCUGCGAUGUACACGCACCGGCACUCCAUCCCCAAUACGCCGCGCCGCUUCUACACGGAGCCGGCGCAGCACCGGCAGCGGAGGAACAGCGACGCGACCGCCCUCGACGACGACGACCACCGCCGUCACCACAGCGGCGGCGGCGACGGCGACGACGACGACAGGGACCUGCAGUGGAUGGGCGACAGCGACCCGAAACCCGGCACCCUCGUUUGACGACCCUGCACCCGGUGCUGGGCUGACGACGAGGCUCCCGCCGAGCGGAUAGGGCACGCGGCGAGAAGGUCCCACCACCUCGACCCCCAGCCCGUACCCCUUCCGUAUGACCUCCUCCCUCGCCCAGCGCCCAGCCAAUAGAAACCACCGCCCCCCCCCCCCCACCCCGCCUCCCCGAGUGUUUGGUGGCCAAUUUGCAACGAACGUCAGCGCGCGGUCACGCAGAGAGGAAUUAUUUUUUUCUGCUUCUGGACUGAGGAGGCCAAAUUGGAGAUUUGAGGCGGUCGCACGGAGGGUCACGCCAAGGAGGUCGGUGGCCUC